AUGACACAAAUGUCACGAUCAUACCUAGGUUACGCUUGGGCUAUGACAAUUCACAAGCUAUAUCUAUAAAUCUAAAUCAAAGACAGACAUAUCAAUACACACGCUAUUUGUUCGAUAUCACAGGUUCUAUGGUUUUAUCGGAUAAACCUAUCUCUGUUCUCUCUGGAUCAGAUUGUACUCGUAUUCCAUGGAGUAUUGCAAACUGUGGACAAUUGGUUGAACAAGUCCCACCAUUGGAGGCCUGGGGCAAUCAGUUCGUUACAGGAUCUAUAGGUGGAAGACCAAAUGGAAAUCAAUUCCGCCUUAUUUCAUCUGAAGAUGAUAAUCGUGCUUCACAAGGGGCGAGGUUUACUGUUCUAUCAAAAGGGCAGUUUUGGGGAGUCAAUCCUGAUAGCCAGGAUGAAUCUUACCUAUUCAUCGAGUGCGAAAAGCCAUGUCUUUUGGUUCAAUAUAACAGGGCAUUCAACGUCGAUAACCCUCGCAUCGGGACCAGUCCGUUUAUGAUGAUCGUUCCACCUUUGAGACAAUACACAAGUGGCCAACAUACGUUUCCGACAUUUAAAAGGGACACGUUUAACAGAGACUACUCAAACUUUCUGACGGUGGUUUCCAGCUACUCUGGGCUUAUGUUAAACGGGGAGUACAUAACAGGGUGGAAGAAUAUCCCGUCGACGAAUUACGCAGCUGCCAUAGUUGAUGGGUUAAGGUAUGAUGGAUCUUUGAAGAUAACUCAUUGGUCAAAAAAUGCUACAUUUGCGGCCUUCUCUUAUGGCCACUGGCUCAACGCCCAUGGGUUCCCGACUGGCAUGGGUACUCGGGCACUACAAGGAGCUGGUAAUACUACUGAUCCAGAACCUGAAUUUUACACCAAAAACGAUUACAAAGUAUACUAUAUCGGAAGUAAAUGGAAUCUCAGAAAUUCCACCGAAAACUAUGUCACCUUUGACGUGAGAACGUGUAGGGGUGCUAUGAUAUACCUUAGUCCUAACAUGAAUGACAGAGAUUACAGAAAUCUGUAUCAUCUAGAAAUCAGUGGUGGUGACAAUAGGUUUUCCUUCAUUGCAAGAGGACAAAACGGACCUAGAUUGGUACAGGUUUACACACCAACAGUUGUCUCGUGCGACGAGUUCGCUUCUUUCUGGAUCAGAUGGGAAAAUUUCGGAUCUGGGAGUGACUUCAGAGUACGGCUAUCCCUUGGUAUGGGAACCUGUAUAGGCGUUCGCGAACUUAUGGCAUAUACAGACUCGACGGAUCCCCUUGAUCUCAAGUACAUUGGUAUUGGAUCGUAUACAAUAUCAGACGGUCAUUGGUUUCUUCACCCAGAUCAAGAUUGCUCCGCAGUCACAGACCCUCCGACCCUUAAUUUUACUACCACCGUUGACCCAUCUGCGCCAAGUCCAACGUCACCUUUACCACGAUAUGGUGACUUUCAAGAACGCUGUCAUUGUCGUUUCACGGUGGAGCCAAACAUUACGGCUGGUGAAAAAGAGCCUGGUGAAACCCUUUUCGAAAUUGAUGACAUUUUGUAUAACCUUACUGGUCAAAACGGUGGAGAAUGCUUCGGCUGUGCACACGUUAUGGACAGAUGUAGAAUCGACUGUACGGAAAAAGCGUUAUCAUAUUGGAACCCGGGGGGAUUUUCAAACCUGAUUGAUGUCGAAGGGGGUGUCGGUACGAGACAGAGAACAGUUGGACAGUUGUUAUGCGAGGCCUAUCUGAGGACUCUACCACCUCCCGGCGUCCGCGUUGUUGUGUAUUAUGACCCGGGACGCUGCGGACAGGAGUUCCAUACGCUUGUGUCGGCUGAGUCUCUGUGCUGCAAAGAGAUCGAUGUUCCGGAGAUCGGCUUUGUAGUCGUGUGGGAUAGACACUGUGAUGGCGAUGUAGAAUGGCCGGGUGGAGAUGGCGCUUCUAAUGUAUAAUGUAGCUAAUUGUAUUGUGUCUAGAACAAUUUAGCCUCCUUGUUACUUACCUGGUCCAUGAAUUCACCUACCAUUGUCCCCAAGCCUAUUUCAACCAUGACCCAGAGAGUGUACAUAUCUGACUAGCAAUUUCAACACUGCACAUUUCAUGUUUUGAAAGUUUUAAGAUCGAGUUCACUGUAUUAUAUAUAUCUAUGUUAUAUUAGAAAAUUAAUGACAUGAUUAGAAAAAGUUGGAAUCUCUGCACCACUGCAUUCAGUGCAUUCCUCUCCAAAAGUUUGAUAACUAACAACCCCAAUGAACGAUAUUAUAGAAGCCUGUUAAUUUAUUUUGAAUUUAAGAUCUUUUUCUUUGUCAUUUUCGACUUAUUGUGGAAAAGAUUCAAAGUCAUAACCAGGCUUUAUAUCUAUAUCCGAGGAGGAUUCAAAAGUUGCCAAUUUGAAGGGGACUGUACAAUUGAAUACACGUAAAAUGUGAAAACUGGUAUAACUGUAAAUUAGCCAGACCCUCAAUCCAUACUUUUCCCGACCAUCUUGGGAAUCAAAACGUUACCUCUCAUUGUGGUUCAAUCAAGUGUAAAUAGAAUGAAGAUUAUCAUGCGCAUUUUUACUCUCCAUUGCAUGUUCCUGUUACAACCAACCAUAACACUAUGUACACUAUGUUCUUUUAAGUGCUAUAACACUGUGACUUUCAAUCUGAUGGUCAUGAAAUAAGGUAGGCAGGUUGGAAAUUGACUGAUGUAC